AUGCAGCGUAAGCAAGGAAUAAUCGAGCUUGGCCGACGUUUGGUCGAGCACGGCCCGAAGAGGACCCUCGAAGCGGCCCGAAGAGUGCGUGCCAUCCACAACCACACCGUCAUUGCCGAUACCACCAGGGGCGUUUAUGUCUGGGAGCAUGACUUUUAUCCUGCGAUCUACAUUCCCCAGAAAGAUCUUAUCAACUCCAAGCUCAGCGAUAAAGAAGAGAUCCGCGUUGAAGGUAAAGGGCUUGCCUCAUUGGCUGAGCUGAUUGUUAGCGCCCACGACGGCCUUGAGGAGGUCAAGAUUGAUAACGUUCUUCGAUUCGACAACGACAAGAAGCUUGGCGCGUUGGCCGGCUUGCUAAGGAUCGAAUUUGGUAGUGUUGACCAAUGGCUGGAGGAAGACGCGCCUAUCUACGUUCAUCCGAAAGAUCCAUUUAAACGAGUCGACAUACUCCCGUCGCAGCGCCCUAUCGAAGUUCAAGUCAAUGGCAAGACCGUUGCCAAGGCGUCAUCAUCCAUGCACCUCUUCGAAACGGGACUGCCGACUCGGUACUACCUCCCUCUCGGCGCAAUCGACCAGACCGUCCUUCGCAAGAGCGAUCUCAGAACCAAGUGCCCGUAUAAGGGCGAAGCCGAGUACUAUCACGUGGUGGUCGAUGGUCAAGAGAUGAAGAAUCUUGCUUGGUACUACACGCUUCCAACCCAUGAAAGCGCAGCCAUUGCAGGUUUGGUCUGUUUUUACAACGAGAAAGUUGACACAAUCUUGGGUGGGGAGCUUCAGCCCAGGCCAAAGACACAUUUCGCUUGA